GCUGCAAGUCACGAAUUUGCAAUCCAAUGCAAGAAUUGGGCCAAUAAAAUAGGUCGUAACGUCGUGGAAAAGCUUGCAGGGGUGCUCUCCCGACGCGAAAACCAUGGAAAAAUUGGUAUCGUGAUGGCGCCCUCCGGAUAUUUUCCCUGA